UAUUCAUAGAAGGAGAUGGAAAAUAAUAAAUCUAUAGAAGUCGAGGUUUGGUCCGAUGAAGAAGUUUAUCAUACAUUUACACAAGAGGAACUUUUUGGACCUGUGAUUGCAACGCAAACAAAAGACAAUGAUUCCGACACUACAGAUUCGGAAGAUAUUCCAUUAGCUGAUCUUGGUAGAAAAAAGAAGCAACCAGUUAAAAGGAAACUUAUCCAAAGUGAUAGCGAAUCAGAUCAUGAUGAUAGUGCUGAUGAUGAAAAUUAUGAUCCUAACAAAGAUGAGAUCAAUUCAACUGAUUCAGAAUUCAAUGUUAAGAAGGUGAAGACAAAAGAAAAGAGACGUGUGCUAAUGAACAAGCAAAGAGAAACUGCAUGGAAAAAGAAAACCAAGAAAUUGAAAAUUCGAAAGAAAAAUAAUAAAAGGAGAAUAAGUCAAAGUGUACUUGCCAAGAAAUUGAGAGAUAAAAUAAUAUUGUUGCAAAACAGACGAAAGGUAGCCAUUGUAGCGGUUAAUAGAGCACAGAAAAUCAGCCAACAUAAUUGCACAAUCCAGGCUAUGAUCAGAAAAGCCCAUACAGGACGACUUGACACACUUCUUGCUUGUAAUGAGCUGCGCAGGGUCAGUAUUAAUGGAGAUGGAAACUGUUUUUUCACGUCAUUGAAAACAAGUGGAAAAAUUGCUGAAAGUGCGUCUGAAAUCAGAUCAAAUGUCUGUGACUUCAUGACAACAAACGCAGACAAAUAUAUAUCUUUCUGUACUAGAAAGGAUAUGUUUAGUAAGGUGGAAUUUCUCAAUGAACUUGAACUGUUGAAAACAAGAGGACAAUGGAAUUUAGACAUAGCAGACAUUGUUCCUUUGGCCACAGCAAACUUUUACGGAAGUGUUGUUCGAAUAUAUUCAAGUUCAAUAUCAACACCAGUGAUUGACAUAAAACCUGAACAAACAACAGAGAAAGUAAUCAAUCUAGCUUACAUAGCAGUUCGAGGACAGGAGCACUAUGAUGCCAUUGAUAUAAUUUCAAAUGACAGUGAUGCUAAACGUGACACAGAUCCUACAUGGGAGGUUGCAAGGGAAUCUCUUCCUUCCACACCAAAUGAUGAAUCAUGCCAUGCAAAUAUGCCUGUCGAAACAACCCCACACAAACGUGCUUCAUACAGAAGUCCUCCUAAGAAGCAUUCAAGUCGAAAGAAAACACGGAACCCAGAAAAGUGGAAGCGGAAUGUUAGAAAAUUAUUGAAAAGUGAAGGGAAGGAAUAUGUUUCUGCAACUGGGAGAGUUGUUGCCCCGAAAAAGGUCCACCAUCAUAGUUGCCUCAAAUGUCGUUUCAAGUGUAGCGAGAAAUUUACUGAAGAGCAGCGGGAAGACAUAUUUCAAUUGUACUAUUCUUUGGGAAGUUAUGAGCGCCAAAGACAGUAUAUCUGUGACAUGGUACAGAAAAGCGCAACAAAAAGGAAAGUUACAGGCAAGAGAUCUAUAGCGCAGAAGUAUUUCAUGAUACAUAAUGACCGGAAAGAACGCGUUUGUAGAAACUUCUUUAUGAAAACAUUGGACAUCAACAGGAAAACAAUUGAUUACACUCUUAAAAAGAAGAAACAUGGGGCAUUUGUUGCGACUGAUAUGAGAGGAAAAGACCCAUCUGUAAACAAAUUAGAUUCAUGUACAGUUGAAAUUUAAAAAAAAACACAUUGAAUCAUUUCCAAAAAUGGAAUCUCACUACACACGAAAAUCUUCAAAGAAACAAUACCUAGCACAUGACUUAAACAUUAAACAAAUGUGGAAAUUAUAUGUCAAAGAUUGUGAAAAGAAAGGAAUAACCAGUGUGAAGCAAUCAAUGUAUAGAAAGA